AUGCAUCAGCUUUCUAGAGACAUCAAACUCGAGUACGAACAAUCUCACAGAAUUGUACGUGAAGGCGUUACAACCCAGUAUCAUCAGAAGUUGGAUGAACUCCGCAGAAUGGCUGAGGCAAAGAGUUCUGACGAAGCUAACUUCCGCAAGGAUCAGAUAGCCAAGAUGGAAAAUAUGAUAGGUGACCUCAGGAUGAAGUUCGGUCCUCUGGAAGACAGGAACCGCAUGCUCGAGGACGAGUACAGGCAGCUACAAAAUGCUAUGAAGAACGACGAGGACCGCUACGAGGCAGAGAAGAGACGCCGUCAGGAUGAGUACAAGAAUGCGCUAGCCAAUUAUCAGCGCCUGCUCUCAGAGCAAGGAUCGAUGAGUGAGGUGACAUUAUUGGAGCUAGAGAUUUAUAGAAAGAUGAUUGAAUGCGAGGAAAAGAGAUGGGCAUCGGGAACCGGAACAGGAGUGGGGUCAGGAGUAGGGUCCGGAGUGGGCUCCGGAUUGGGAUCGGGCCUGUCCACAGUGCAACAGUCAUAUUCGCAGAUCACAAAGCAUAGAACUUACACUGGCGAUGUGCGCAUCAAGGACUGUGACGAAAACGGCAAAUUUGUGAUUGUUGAAAAUGCUGGCUACAGCGAGCAACGCUUGAGCGGAUACCGUAUCCGCAGAAGCAUAGCUGGUCAGGAAAGAACCUUCACGUUCCCAAGCCUAUUCACCUUAGGCCCCGGUCAAACUGUCCAGAUAUCAGCUCGUGGUUACUCCCCGAUCAGACGUGAAUGCAACCAUUAUCUGACUUUCGAGGACGACUCAACCUGGGGCACAAAUGGCACUUUUGUGACACGUCUGUACAACAACCAGGGCAUGGAAGUGUCACAAUUUGAAGUACGAGGAGUUUAG